AUGGAAUUCACUGUUGUCUUAACUGCAGCUCUUGUGUCAACUAAGAGUUUUUAUGUGCACACCGGCGUUCAACGGAGCGAGAACUUCCCCGGAAUCUCAGCCCUCAAAUCAAUCUACGAGGCCAUCCCCGUCGACGUCAAGGAUAAUCUCCAAGCCGUCUACUUUGUGCACCCUGGCCUCCAGGCUCGGCUCUUCCUUGCCACCUUUGGUCGCUUUCUCUUCACCGGAGGGUUGUACGGGAAAUUGAGGUACGUGAAUAGGGUGGAUUAUCUAUGGGAGCACGUGAAGAGGAAGGAGAUAGAGAUCCCAGAAUUCGUGUAUGAUCAUGAUGAAGAUUUGGGGUACCGUCCGAUGGACUAUGGAUUGGAGAGUGAUCAUCCAAGGGUUCACGGUGCACCCGCCCUUGAUUCCGUUUCUCCUUCUGUCUCCAUCUACUCCAUGAGGUGCAUCUCAUGGAUCAUAUCAAUAUAAAUCCUUUUUACAUACUUCUACUACAGCUGUAAAAACUUUUCUUCAUUUUGCUCUUGAUUUUCCUUUGAGAUUGACCUGUAAAUACGUAGUAUUGUGCACCCUUUGAGCAGCGGGUUAGUUCUAAACAGAGA